GUUCCUCUGCCAAUGACAUCUUGCACAGUUUUGUGUUUAAUUCAUAUUUCGGAAUUUACAGACAGUUUUGUUUACAAAGAGCAGCCAAACCAACGUUACAUGACGAUCCAGCGAUGAUUCGCCAGUGUGUGAAAUACACAGUGCCGUUGCGGCAGUGUUCGCGUGCGUACAGUCUGCUUCCACCCCCACGGGACAGUGAAGAGAAGGAGAUGAUCCACCGGAUCCUCCGUGUGGAUCAUGCAGGUGAAUAUGGUGCCAACCGCAUCUAUGCUGGACAGAUGGCCGUGCUGGGCAGAUCUCAGAUGGGACCAGUCAUCCAGGAAAUGUGGGAUCAAGAAAAGAAACACCUGGAGAAAUUUAACGAGAUUCUGGCUGACAACAGAGUUCGUCCCACAGCACUGUUACCCGUCUGGAACGUCGCCGGGUUUCUCCUUGGUGCUUUCACAGCACUGCUGGGAAAGGAGGGCGCCAUGGCCUGCACGGUGGCCGUGGAGGAGAGCAUCACAGAGCACUACAACAGCCAGAUACGAGCUCUGAUGGAGAAAGACCCGGACAGAUACAUUGAGCUUCUAAAAGUAAUAAAGGACUUCAGAGAUGAUGAAAUGGAUCAUUUUUAUACGGGACUGGACCACAAUGCUGAAGAUGCACCUGGAUACUGGAUAUUAAAAAACGGGAUACAGGUUGGCUGCAAAGCUGCAAUAUACAUUUCACAGCGACUCUGACUUUGUAUUUGUGAAUUUUUAUUAUCCUGAAUAAGUUCUGAUAAAAUGACAUUUUUCCAUUUGACCCAAAGUACUGUCUCAUUGAGCAUGAAUUUUUUUGAAUUGUUCUGUGUUUAAUAAAAGGGCUGUAAAUGUGUUUA